UCAAACAUGGUGAGAACACCUUACUGUGAUAAGAGUGGACUAAGGAAAGGAACUUGGACACCUGAGGAAGAUAGGAAACUGACAGCUUAUGUUACUAGAUAUGGGUGUUGGAAUUGGCGACAACUCCCCAAGUAUGCAGGACUGGCGAGGUGUGGGAAGAGUUGCAGGCUGCGAUGGUUGAAUUAUUUAAGGCCGAAUAUCAAAAGAGGGAAUUACAGCAAGGAAGAAGAAGAGACUAUCAUCAGAUUACAUGAGUCGCUUGGAAACAGGUGGUCGGCCAUUGCUGCACAGUUACCUGGACGAACAGAUAAUGAGAUAAAGAACCAUUGGCAUACGCAUCUCAAGAAGCGCUUUAUGGAUAAGCAAAAUAACAGGGAAAAGGCAGUAGAGAAAAAAGAAAAGAAGCUAAACAAUCAUCAUCAUCUUGUAAUUGAUGUUCCCACAAGUCCUCCAUUAAUUCUCGAGAGCUCACUAUCAGCAUCCCCACAACCAACUUCGAGUGAUCAAUAUUCCACCAUUACCAAAGAUAACACAGUUUUAUCCAGCAAAGACUCAGUUACAUAUGAUCAUAACAACAACAACAAGGCUUCGCUUGAAGGGUACGAGGCAAAUAGUGGAAAUUUCUGGAAUGAACCAUUUUUCUGGGACAGUUGUAAUAUAAAUACAAGUGUUACGUUGGAUCCUGCUAGCUAUGAAUUACCCGAGUUUCCAUUUCUUGAUGGAGAAAUCUCAUGUCAUUUCGAUUCCUACGAUCCGCUCGACGGCUUUUACUUCUAAUUAAAUUUAAGGAAGAGUUAUCUAGAAAUCUAAUUAGAAACCAGCUUGAAUACGAGUUUUUCUUUUUCUUCACUUCAUCCAUGACCCAUGAUUCAGUUCGAGGUGAAACCAGGAAUUAGCUGAGUUAGUUUUAUGUAUGCUACUACUUCUUGAUGUAGGUUUUUGGGGCUUAGAAUCUAAUCUUAGCCGUUGUUUAGUCUGCAAAAAUGAUGUAAUAUGUAUGAGGUUGUAUAUAUCUUUCAAAAAGGGAUGAGAAGAAAUCUAUAAGAUAUCAAGAAAAGGGAAAAACAUGGAAUGAUCUUUCUAGAUUUGGAUUGAGUAA